AUGGCUUUAUUCCUCUUGCUUAUACUGACCUCUCUGUGUACUGUGGGCCAGACGGCCCUCACUCUCGGCGACUGUGGGAACGAGGCCAGGCGGCCAGCAUAUACUGAUAUCGCAGUGAUGUGUGGUACAAGACACAUUGAAUUGGCUAUUCAGAUCUGUCCCGUCAUUUACACUGGCUACAAUGCGAGCUUACUGAGACUGAACCAUAUAAGUGACGAUGUGGCCUGCCAGAGCACAUUGGACACCACAGUGUUCCCCCCGGUGGCCAGAUUCAAGUUUCCCAUCAGAGAGUUAAAUGCCUGUGGCAGCAACUUUAGGACGACCAGCGCCCCAGGGACUGGAGUCUUCUCAGACUUUUCCAACAUCCAAACUGUUAACAUCAGUGGGAUUGUUCGCUCGUAUGACCCCACCACUGGGACCAUCACCUACAAUGCAGAGCUCAAGUAUUACUACUCUUGUGCUUACCCGCUGGAGUACCUCAUCAACAACACCCGUGUGGAUGUGUCAUCGUCCUCCAUUGCUCUAAAGGACCAAAAUGGGAGUUUUGUCAGCACACUCAGAAUGGGCCUGUACAAGGACAAAAACUACACCACCCCUCUCAUCAUCCCACCCCUGGGUGUCGAGCUGAGAACAGACAUCUAUGUGCAAGUGAUAGCCACCAAUAUGACAGAGCAAUACUUUGUGCUCCUGGACCGCUGCUAUGCCUCAGUGUCUCCUCAUCCUACCAAUUCCACCUUCUUCAACCUCUUUGUCGCGUGUUCCAUAGAUCCUCUAACCACGAUGUUGGAGAAUGGGGACAGCCAAAGGGCACGUUUCUCCUUCAAGGCUUUUCGCUUCAUUGAGCAGCAGAAUGAGACCGUCUCCACCUACUAUCUCCACUGCAUCACCCGCCUAUGUGAACGCUCCACCUGCAGUAGCUUUAAGCAGUGUAACAAUGGCAGGAGGAGGAGGGACACAGCCAGUGUGCUCCAGGAUGGCAUCAGUCAACCCUCUCUGCUCACAGUGGCUAUCAAGGCCAACUCAGAGGACCAUGACCCAUCCCUCAAAGAAAAGACCAAGGACCAGCAAGAAAACCAGAGUGCAGCUGUGGGUCUGGGGGUGGCUGUGGCAGUCCUUGUUGUUGUCGGUGUGGCGGCCAUGUUAUUAGCAAUAUCCUUGUACCGGAAACUACGGCGACUGAGUUAG